AUGGGUUGUGGCUCUUCGGGCUUCCGCCCCUUCCACGAUGCCUUCGAGCUGCAGGAGGUCAUUGGCAAGGGCAGAUUUGGUGAUGUUUAUUCCGCUGUGGAGCGGGCAUCUCGUGAACCUUAUGCCCUGAGAAUCAUCACGCGCACGGGGUCCUCGCUGAAGGAUCUCAUGCAAGAAGCGAAGCUGUGGCGGAGUGUGAUGGACAGCAAGUACAUCGUGCAGUGGUACACCAUUCGGGCGGAAGGGAACAGCCUGUUCUUCUUGAUGGAGAAGUGCCAGUGCAAUUUUGUGCGAAAGCUGCAGUUAUCCACGACCUGGAAUCUGCAAAAGUCGCGCACCGCGUUCAAGCAGAUGCUUCGUGCAGUGGAGUGGAUACACUCAGCCGGCGUGGUCCACUGCAACAUCAAGGCAUCGAACUUCAUGUGCGGAGGCGACAAGGGCAACACCAUAAUGAAGCUGACCGACUUCAGCGAUGCUUGCUCAGCUCCGCAGGGUGGGAAGCUGUACCAGGAGGUAGGCUCCUGGCAGUACAGAUCCCCGGAGAUGCACGGCAAGUUGGGCUACACAGAGAAGACGGAUCUGUGGUCCUUUGGCGUCAUGGCUUAUGCCCUGCUCUUCAAUGAGUUUCCCUUUGCGCCUGCAGUCAGGGACAAG